AUGGUCAAAGCUGAACUCUUGGGCUUGAUUAAUACGACCCAAUCAGAAAAAAUAUACACGAUUGAUGAACUUCUGAAAGGUGCAGGUCAUACUGUUCUAAGACUACCUCCAUAUCAUCCAGAUCUCAACCCAAUCGAGCUUGUGUGGGCAAAUAUAAAAAAUUGCCUGGCCAGAGAUCACAUUAAUGCUACAUUGGACGAGAAAAUUACAAUACUAACAAGACUAUUUUCUGAAUUUUCUGCCAAACAAUGGCAAAAAUGCGACGACCACGUACAAAAAAACGAACAAGAAUACUGGAAUCAUGAUAUGAGAUAUGAUACUGUGAUGGACGAAUUCAUUAUAAACUUACAAGAUGAUUCUGACUCAAGUUCAGACAAUUCAGAAUCAAGUGAUUCAGAGGAUAAUAUGUCAGAGUAA